AUGGUAGAAGAGAUGUCGAGCAAUGCGAGGACAAAUCUUACGUUAAUGGAGACUUCGUCUUCCAACAAUAGUGAGAAUUGCACGUUGAGUAUACGUCCUAGCAAGCGUGCUAGGCAAGAUAAUGAGGCAACGUGUUCAACCAGGUUCAAAGGUGUUGUCCCGCAACAAAACGGACAUUGGGGAGCACAAAUAUAUGCAAACCAUCAAAGGGUUUGGCUAGGGACGUUUAAAUCGGAGAAAGAAGCCGCCAUGGCUUACGAUAGUGCUGCAAUCAAACUACGAAGCGGUGAUUCACAUCGGAAUCUUCCAUGGACGGACCUUAACGUUCAAGAACCGGAUUUUCAAAAUCUUUACACGCCGAAAGCAAUCUUGAACAUGAUAAGAGAUGGGUCUUACCAAUCAAAGUUUUCUGAUUUUCUAAGGAUACAGUCUGAUCAAAUUAGUUUUGAUCAUCAUCAAGAUACAAUGAUCAACAAGAUCACGAUCCACGAUCAUCAUCGGCAAAUUUCUUGCGUUCAACUCUUUCAAAAAGAGUUAACUCCUAGCGAUGUGAGUAAACUAAAUAGGCUUGUCAUUCCUAAGAGAUACGCGGUUAAGUACUUUCCUUAUAUCUCGGAUAAUCCUAAACAUGAUAGUGGAGAAAAUGGAACCGAGCAAGACAUUGAGCUCGUGUUCUUCGACAAGAUGAUGAGACCGUGGAAGUUUAGGUAUUGUUAUUGGAGGAGUAGCCAAAGUUUUGUUUUCACAAGAGGGUGGAAUAGGUUUGUUAAGGAAAAGAAUUUGAAGGAGAAAGAUGUUAUAAUAUUUUACACGUGUGAUCAUCAGAGUCAAGAUGAUCAUGGGGUCAACACAUCAAGCGGUCAGAAUACUUUCUUUUUAAUAGAUGUAAAGCAUCAUCACUAUCAUCAUCAUUAUAAUCACCAUUCUAGUACUAGUGAGAAAGUUGACCUUGGAGUUAAGAGUUACGAUGAGUUGAAGUUGGAACUAAAUUUAGAGAAAAAUUUCAGCUUCAAAUUAGGUGAUAAUCACAAUCAAGACGAUCAUAAUCACGAUCAUCGUACGAAAAGAUUAAAGGAAGAGAGAUUGGAGUCGACUCGCGACCUCAUAGGGGAUAAAGGGUUUACGCUUUUCGGGGUAAAAAUUAGUUAG